AGGUGAGGGCGGCCCCGCCGGGGCGGGGCGAGGUUGUUCUGCGGACACCGCUCCGCUCAACCCCGCACCGCCCGCGCCGCAGGAAGCGCCGCCUGAGCUCCUUCCUCCUCUUUCUCCUCCUUCUCCUCCUUCUUCUCCUCCGCCCGCCUGCGGCGGCGCGGCGGCGGCGGCUCGGCGAUGCAGCAGCACUUUUCCCUGGCUGACUGCGACGUGGUGGGCUUCGACCUGGACCACACGCUCUGCCGGUACCACCUCCCGCAGAGCGCACGGCUAAUAUAUGAUAGUUUUGCCAAGUAUCUGGUAACGGAGAAGGGUUAUGACGAAGACUUGCUGAUUCUAGCUCCAGACAGCUUAGACUUCUGUUGCAAAGGCUUGGUGUUGGACAUUGAAGAAGGAAACUUCGUGAAACUUGCAGAAGAUGGAACAGUUUUAAGGGCAAGCCAUGGUACAAAGAGCAUGACAUUCGAAGAGAUCCUGGAAAUAUAUGGAAGGAGGGAGUGGAAGCAUUUUAAUACAGUCAGUGGAAUGGUUUCACGCACAGCCAAGUAUUAUUUGUAUGAUAAUUAUUUUGACCUGCCAGGAGCUCUCUUGUGUGCAAGGGUUGUGGACAGCUUAGAUCAGCAUGAUGGUCAGAAAAAAUAUGACUUCUGGAAGGACAUGGUGGCAGCUAUCCAACACAAUUAUAAAAUAUCAGCUUUUAAAGAAGACUGUGGGACAUAUUUCCCAGAAGUGAAAAAUCAUCCAGACAAAUAUUUACAGAGAUGUCCAGAGUCUGUAAAAAAGUGGCUGAAACAACUGAAAAAUGCUGGGAAGAUUCUGCUAUUAAUUACAAGUUCUCACAGUGACUAUUGCAGGCUCCUGUGUGAACAUGUUCUUGGGAAUGAUUUCGAAGAGUAUUUUGACAUUUUAAUCACGAAUGCUUUGAAACCUGGUUUCUUCUCCCAUACACCAAACCAAAGACCUUUCCGAACUCUUGAGAAUGACGAGGAGCAGGAGGCUCUGCUGUCACUGGACAAGCCCGGCUGGUAUUCCCAAGGUAAUUCUAUCCAGCUCUUUGAUCUGCUGAAGAAGAUGACUGGCAAGCUGGAUCCCAAGGUUGUUUAUUUUGGUGACAGCAUGCACUCAGAUAUUUUCCCAGCUCGUCACUAUAGCAACUGGGAAACUGUCUUCAUCUUAGAGGAGCUUCUAGGGGACAAAGUUACAGUGCCUGCAAAGGCUGAAUCUGAGCCCUUGGAGAAGAAAGGAAAAUAUGAGGGAGAUCAGCUCAAAGCUCCUUACUUCGUAUCUAAACAGUGGGGCUCUUUCUUCAUGGACAGAGUACCAGGCCUGGAAAAUGCAGAGGAAACCUUAGUUCACACAUGGUCCUGUAAAUGUAUUAGCACUUACAGCACUAUUGCAAUCCCUAGUCUUGAAGCAAUAGCAGAUUUACCGCUGGAUUAUAGAUUUACACGAUUUUCCUCAAAUAGCUCUGCAACUGCCGGGUACUAUCCAAGCCCUCCAAGAGCACUGCUGCCAAAUGAGGAGUCAGUGACUAUGAAAUAGGUUGUUGGCUUUUUCCUUAAAUAACCCUGUGGCCCUUACUUAAACUGCUAUCAAAUGCUAAUUGGUGAAAAUGCUGUGUGAUGCUUCAUAAAAUAGAGUGAUGGAUUAAAGCAGAUUCCUGUGUA